ACAAUGGGGAAGAAGACCUGGCGAUGCAGCAUACUGUGUCUAUGUGCUGGAAUCCUCACCUUCGUGGCUGGAAUCGUAAUGAUUCCACUAUUGAGAAUCUACAUAAAUAACAUGAUAGCGAAGGAAGUAACACUGGAAGAGGGGACUUUUGUGUACGAUGCUUGGAAGGAGCCCCCUUUCCCAAUUUAUUUCGAAUUUUAUUUCUUCGAUGUUCUGAAUCCAGAGGAGGUAUCUACAUUGAAUAAGAAAAUAGAAGUAAAACAACGGGGUCCAUAUACAUACAGUCUCACUUCAAUAAAAAAUAACAUUACAUUCAAUGCAAAUGGCACGGUGUCCUAUCGUGAACCAUACACUUAUGUUUUUGAUCGGUCGAGGUCAGUGGGGCCGGAGUCCGACACAUUUACAACGGUCAACGUAAUCUUGCUGACCAUGUUCAAUACGAUUCGGUAUGAGUACGAAUUCAUCAAGGUAAUGACAGAGUUAUUGGCAGACUCAGUGAAUGACAAUAAGCUUUUCAUACGCCUUUCGGUCCAUGAUAUAAUAUGGGGUUAUGAAGACACUAUUCUCCUUAAAGUGAAAGAAGAACUAAAAGAGUUGGGCAUCCCGUUUGAUGACCAUUUUGGGUUUUUUUACAAGUUAAAUAAUACUGACGAUGGACUUUGGACAAUAGAUUCUGGAAAAAGAGAUUCAGCAAAUAAUUUUGAUAUUCGAUUUUGGAAUGGCAAAAGUAUGUUGGACUUCUGGAGCACAGAAGAAAGCAACAUGAUAAAUGGGACUGAUGGUAAUCUUUUCCAUCCAUUCGUUAAGAAAACAGAUCACCCGCCAUUCUUUUUUUCGGAGCUUUGCAGAUCGAUGACGGUGGAUUUUCAGAGGGACUCCACGGUACAAGGUAUAGAUACCUACAGAUUUACACAUCCUCGUGACAUAUUUGACAACCCCGAUCAAAACCCAGCCAAUGACGGAUUCUGUACUCCACUAAACAACUGUCCACCGAGUGGCCUGUACAAUAUCAGCGUCUGUAGGAAAGGUUCCCCGUUCUCCGUGUCAAUGCCUCAUUUUCUGUAUGGGGAUGACCGAUUGAUUAAUGCAAUUGAGGGGAUGAAACCUGAUGCAUCCCUCCACGAAACGUUUAUAGACAUAAUGCAUGAUAUUGGAUGUGUAUUGAGAACGGAGAGGAAAUACCAAAUAAACAUGCUUGUUAGAAACAAUCCAUCUUUUGAAAUUGUGAAGGAUAUCGAAGACGUUUACUUUCCAGUCUUUUGGUUUAACGAGAGUACAAUUGUCACGGAUGACUGGGCAGAUUUCAUCAGAUCGUCAUAUUUAACACCUGUACACAUCGCCUCUUAUAUACCCUAUAUAUCUAUAGCUGUCGGGGUAGUGGUUACGUUCACCAGUUCUAUCGCUAUUCACAGACAACGAAAAAAGUCAAAGGACAAGAUGCAAGAAAACCAAGAUGGCACUCCGUCUGAAAGGACAUCACUUUUGAUAAACGAUGAUGACUCUCAAUCUGAAAGGACAAAACCUUUGGUUAUUCAGUGA